GCUCGAGAGCAACCUACAGCAGCACCUAUCGGACAUGGAAACCACAGUUAAAGCUAGGUGGCAGGAGGCCCAGGACGUGCAGCGUGAAAUGGCAAUGGUCAUCGAGCUACUGAAGAACCGCGAAGUUGUGGAAAAGGAGUUCCGCAGUCCCAACCUUCCUCCUGGCAACAACCCACAGGCGAGAUAAGCACACUUUGUACGACCAUAUUGACCAGGACGCCGUGGAUGUCGUAGACCGCGCAAUGAGGGAGUGCUUGGACGAGCUGCGCGAGCUCGCCGAGGCCGACAGGGAUUUGUGUGCGGCUGCGUUGAGCGGCAUCGCGGGUAUUGAGAUUCCUGCUGCCGAGGAUAUCAGCGUUACAUGGGCAGGUGUCCAGGAUAUCGGCGGCUGGUGGAGGAGUCGCAGGCGGUGGUCGAUGAGAUUGCGCAGGAUUCGCGGUCCAUGGACCGCCACUGCGACCAGCUGCGGGAGACCGUGCGGGAGCUCGAGGCAGAGGGCGGCGUGCUGAGCAUUGCCGACUACAACGUGCUCCUGCGCGACACCAAUGAGAUACCAGCGAUCAUCGAGGACAUGCGAGAGUGCCUUGGCCAGGUGCAGCGGCGGUCGGAGGAGACUUAUGUGAGAUACUUGCAGUACUCGGCGUUUUACGCGGACAGUCGCGGGCAGUUCGACGCUAUUGCAGGCGUGUCUGGGAUUGUCAGUCGGUAUGUUGAGGCGGCAGCGGAUGCUCAGGUGCGGUUUGAGCGGCUGCUGGUGAUGGCCGACGGGUUUUUGUCGGAUAUGUGGGGGUUGGUCUCUUGGUACCGCAAUUUCCACAGCUCCUACGAUGGUCUGAUUGUCGAGGUACAGAGGCGCAGGCAUGUGCAGAAGGAGAUGCAUGCUGUGGUUGAGGACAUGCGCAGUCGGCUGGAGGCCAUGUAUAUGGAGAGGUGCGUGAGAGGGCGAGGUUCGUUGAUAGGUCCGGGAUGUACCUGCCCAGCGACCUGUGUCCGUUUAUCCAGGACCCGCCAGUUAUGUUUGUUGUUGAGGAGGAUGGGGUUGCUGAGCGACUUGCAUCGGUGCAGUCUCAUGAAACCAGGCCGCAAUUGAGCAACAAUGUCUGCAGCAAAAGGAGUGUUGCGUUCGGUGA